AUAGGAAUUGCAAUACUUAGUACUGCUAAUAAGAUAAUGACAUCGCAACUAGCUGCUACAACUACAACUACCUCCUAAAUAGGUCCUGGGAACUUCCAAGUCUACGCACCAUGCACGGCCGUGCGACCUCUUUCCUUCGCCGGGCUAUGCUCUACGUCCCGGCGUCGUCAACCCGAAUGCUAACCAAAUCCCUCGGUCUCACCUGCGACACCGUCGUCUACGACCUCGAGGACUCAGUGCCGCCCGCCGCAAAGUCCGAGGCUCGCGAUGCCCUCGAGCAGCACCUACGCGGUCUACCCGAGCGGCCGUCCUCCAUCUCCGAGAUCGCCAUCCGCGUCAACCCCGCCGGUUCUUCAUUUCUACAAAAAGACCUCAAGCUUGCCGCGUCGUCUCCUCUCGUCAACACAGUCGUGGUGCCUAAAGUUACCACCAUCGGGGACUUGAGGAAUGUUUCCCACAUUCUGAAGAACCUUGAGAAUAACCAGUAUAAAGAGACGCGCGCCAAGCCCAUGAGGCUUAUAGCCUUGAUCGAGUCGGCACGCGCUAUAAUGAACCUCUCGUCGAUUUGCAGAGGGCCGCGCCUUGACGGCAUAAUCUUUGGGGCCGAGGACUUCGCCCUCGACCUGUCGCUCACGCGGACGCCGGAUUUGACCGAGUUCUUAUAUGCGCGGUCUGCCAUCGUGACAGCCGCCCGGUUUGAGAACAUCCCUAGUGUGAUAGAUCUAGCAUACACAUCAUAUAAAGGGGAGGACGGGCUAGCGGGGCUAGAGCAAGAAUGCCGAGGCGGAAAGGCCCUGGGAUUCAAUGGCAAGCAGUGCAUCCAUCCUUCGCAGGUCGAGACGGUGCAGCGGCUCUUCUCUCCCUCCGAGGAAGAGGUUGAGUGGGCUGUCAGGAUUACCAUAGCGAACGAGAAAGCCGCAGCUGCGGGAAGAGGGGCUUGGACUCUGGAUGGUAAAAUGAUUGAUGCCCCGGUUUCCGGUAGGGCGACGGCAGUAGUCGACAAGGCGCAAAAAUGUGGCAUAGAUGUCGAUGGACUACGAGAAAAAUGGAAAGAUCAAGAGCCUGAAUAA